GGCACGCGAGCUCCCGCGCGGACGCACCUCCCGACCUGCAGCCGCCGCCGGAGGGCCUGGCUUGUGAGGUUGCGCGGACCCAGGUGGCGUCCGCCCGAGCUUCAGACUUGUUUGUCACCAUGAAGCUGCUGCACCCAGCCUUCCCUAGCUGCUUCAUGCUGACCCUGCUCAGCUUGUGGACAGCUGCUCCUGAGGCUCACGCUGUGUCCAGCGGGGCGCCAGCCAUCAGUGCGGCCUCUUUCCUGCAGGACCUCAUGCAUCGCUACGGUGAGGGCGACAGCCUCACCUUGCAGCAGCUGAAGGCCCUGCUCAACCACUUGGAUGUGGGAGUGGGCCGGGACAAUGUCACGGAGCCCAUGCAGGGACAGAGGAACCUCUCGACGUGCUUUAGUUCCAGGGACCUCUUUGCUGCCCACAACUUCAGCGAGCAGUCCCGGAUUGGGACGAGAGAGUUCCGGGAGUUCUGCCCCACGGUCCUCCAGCAGCUAGAUUCCCGGGCCUGCUCCUCCGAGAACCAAGAGAACGAAGAGAACGAGCAGACAGAGGAGGGACGGCCAAGCACGAUUGAAGUGUGGGGAUAUGGUCUCCUCUGUGUGACCGUCAUCUCCCUCUGCUCCCUCAUGGGGGCCAGCGUGGUGCCCUUCAUGAAGAAGACUUUUUACAAGAGGCUGCUGCUCUACUUCAUAGCUCUGGCGAUUGGAACCCUCUACUCCAACGCCCUCUUCCAGCUCAUCCCCGAGGCUUUUGGUUUCAACCCUCUGGAAGAUGAUUAUGUCUCCAAGUCUGCAGUGGUGUUUGGGGGCUUUUAUCUUUUCUUUUUCACAGAGAAGAUCUUAAAGAUGCUUCUUAAGCAGAAAAAUGAGCAUCAUCACGGACAUAGCCAUUAUGCCUCUGAGACGCUGCCUUCCAAGAAGGACCAGGAGGAGGGGCUGACAGAGAAGCUACAGAAUGGGGAUUUGGACCACAUGAUUCCUCAACACUGCAGCAGCGAGCUGGAUGGGAAGGCCCCCAUGAUGGACGAGAAGGUCAUCAUGGGCUCACUCUCUGUCCAGGACCUGCAGGCUUCCCAAAGCGCCUGUUACUGGCUGAAAGGUGUCCGCUACUCAGAUAUUGGCACUCUGGCCUGGAUGAUCACCCUGAGCGAUGGCCUCCACAAUUUCAUCGACGGCCUGGCUAUCGGUGCCUCCUUCACUGUGUCUGUUUUCCAAGGCAUCAGCACCUCAGUGGCCAUCCUCUGUGAGGAGUUCCCACAUGAGCUAGGAGACUUUGUCAUCCUGCUCAAUGCUGGGAUGAGCAUCCAACAGGCUCUCUUCUUCAACUUCCUUUCUGCCUGCUGCUGUUACGUGGGUCUGGCCUUUGGCAUCCUGGCCGGCAGCCACUUCUCUGCCAACUGGAUCUUUGCACUUGCUGGAGGAAUGUUCUUGUAUAUUUCUCUGGCUGAUAUGUUCCCUGAGAUGAAUGAAGUCUGCCAAGAGGAUGAAAGGAAGGGCAGCACCUUACUCCCUUUUGUGAUCCAGAACCUGGGCCUAUUGACUGGUUUCACCAUCAUGCUGCUCCUCACUAUGUAUUCAGGACAGAUCCAGAUCGGGUAGCGGCCUUGGCUACCCCAUCCCUGGCCCGAGGACUCGGCAUCCGCAAAGCACCUCGGAAGAGGCAGUUCUGUUAAAAACUGUGACAUGGACUGUAUUCCUGCAUUCAAAUGUCAGCUGUUUGUAAAAUGCUCUAUCCUAGGAAUAAGCUGCCUGGUAACCAGUCUCUAGGUAGUGCCUCUCUCCCUUUCCUCUCCCUUCUUUCUCAGAGUGACUCUGGAACCUGAAUGUAGCUUUAGAAGACAUGCCUAACUUUUUUCUCUGGUUA